UAUUUCACCUCUUUCUGCUUCUUGAGUGCGGGGUAAAUUCUUUUUUCCCUUUUCCGAAAAUCCAAACAGAGAGAGAGAGAGAGAGAGAGAGAGAGAGAGAGAAUGGCCGGACUGUUCGCCUGGGCAGCAGAUGUGGUCGGAGCCGGCGGACACAGCAAUGACGAAGACGACACCAACGCAACAAUCCCUCUCGUAUUCACUCCCGAACAGCAACAGUACGUUCGAGACUUAGAUCUCAAAGCCAAGUCCCUGAACCGUUCGAUCCAAGAUCUACGGCUGAGACUCCCUCCCCCUGACAUCUCCCAACGCCUCCCUCACCUCCACGCCCACUCCCUCGCCUCCAACGCCGCCCUCGCCCUCCAGCUCAACGCUCACUCCACCACCAAGGAACAGGCACAACUGAGAGAGGUUACAUUGCGAGAAGAAAAUGCUGCAUUUGAGAAGGCUAUAUCUGAUUGUGGGAAUAAAAUACAAGAGAAGUUACAAGAAGCAAAUUUACUUCAGUCUAAGUUGCAGGAAAUGGACUUAACUGAGAAAAAUCUGAAGGCAGAGUUAGACAAUGUGAUUGCUGCAUUGGAUGACAGGCAAUCUGGAAAAUCAGGUGAACUCCUGGUUGAUUCAACAGUUAAAGCUCAAGAAGAUACAGAAGCUUCAGAAUCCAAUCUACUGGGCAAGUUAGAGAACAAGAAAAAAGAACUGGGUUCAAUGGAAGUGAUUGUUCAGGACUUGGAGAAAAAAUGGGCGCAAGUCCAAGAGAAUGCACUGAAGCAGCCUUCUCCUGCUCAGAGAGAGAAAAUGUUGGAUAAACAGCUACACAGCCUAAUUGAGCAACUAGCCGCAAAGCAGGCCCAAGCAGAGGGACUACUUGGUGAAAUCCAUCUGAAGGAGAUGGAGCUAGAAAGGUUAAAUGGGCUGUGGAAAAGGCUUGAAACCAGUACGGGGGAAGCCAAUACAGCAAGGAAUCGAUUGGGAAGAAGCAACUCUGGUUACAUUGUGGACCCACAUCAUAGGCCGCCUUAUCACGUUGGUGGCCGAAAUGAGACCCAACAGAGGCUCAUGCUACUGAGGUCGGCUUUUGUCCUUUACAUUUUAGCUCUCCAUAUCUUGGUCUUCAUCAAGAUUUCAUUCUAGCGAGUGUAAUGGUUCUUCAGCUGUUGAAUCUGGUUUCAAUGUUUUAUUAUUCCAUAGUAUCUGGUUGUACAGAAGCAUGUCUCAUGUAUAAAAUGGAGUGCUAAUUUCCUUGUUCUA